CUCGAAAAUUUUAAGAUAGAACUAUGAAACCCUGAUGUUUGACGCUGAAAGAACCAAUACAGAUAAUUAUUGUCUCACACAGACGGAGCCGUUCGACGAUCCGGUCGCGUACAAGGGCGAGGUGAUCGUCGGCCUGAAAUUCGUCCCCCCGGAUCCGGUGCAGCAAGAACGCGAUCAAGAGAACGGCGCGGAACGUGGCGGAAUUUCCAAGGCGAAAAAAAACUGGAGCCGCGGUGCGCUCCACGUGCUCGUCAAGGAGGCCAGAAACCUGCAAACGCGCGGCAAGAAUUCGGGCACCUGCGAUCCUUUUUGCAAAAGCUAUUUGCUCCCCGACAAAGGCCGAUCCGGUAAGCAGAAGACCGGCGUCGUUCGUAGAUCUGUCGGUUCGCCGGUUUGGGGUCACACGUUUAUUUACAAGGAUGUCAGUUUGCAAGAAUUGGCAGAACGCGGAUUAGAAUUAACAGUCUGGGACCACGAUCGAAUCGCCAGCAACGAAUUCCUCGGCGGGGUUCGAUUUAAUCUCGGUACCGGGAAGCAUUAUGGAAAGCCGGUGGAUUGGAUGGACGCGACCGGCCGCGAAUUAUCCCUGUGGCAGAACAUGCUCGAGAGGCCGAAUUUCUGGGUCGAGGGCGCGGUGACGUUGAGGCCGAAUUUGCACAAUCACGGGAAGAGCAACGGCUCUUAAAAGCAGCAAACGCGACGCAAUGAAACACGAUAAGGAUUCGCUCCUUAAUUCUCAUUUCCGAGAUAGGAGCCGAGGUUCGGAAGUGCCGAUUUAGUCCAAGUCGAUUGUAUGUACAUAGCUCUAAAAGCGUCGCGCUUACGUCGAGCGUAUUCUAAAUAAUCGUGAAUAAUAAUGAAAAAUCAGUGCCUUCGGGAGCAACGUAAACUCGUCUGAUAUUUCUUGAACGAGCCUAUGGAGGAAAAUUUCCUGCGAACUUCCGGUCCACUGCGAAGAUCAUCAAUUUAGUAUAUCAUUGCCGCAGUUCCGGCAAUUAUUAUAUAAUAUAAUAAUUGUGAACUAAUUUCUUUUGGGUUUUCUGCCUUUUCUUAUAUGUUGCGCUAUUAACUUCUAUAUAAACCUAUAUAUUUUUGAAUUUCUAUGAAAGUUUCACAUAAAAUUUCUGUUAUAUAUCAUUUCUAAUGAGAUCGCACAUUGCACAAAAUAGUUGCUUUCCUGGUUUCUUUUUAAAGAAAAUUAGAAAAUACAGUUAAUUUCAUAAAUCAUUUUCCUUUGUUUAGCGAUAAAAAUGAUAAAAUAAUUGGCUAUACAUUAGACUUUUUUGCUCGCUUGUGUAUUUUCCGUUAUAUCUUUUUUUACGCAAAGCCGGAAUUCGUAACAACUACAUAACAUAAUUGACGUGCCAAACAUGAAAAGUUGUGGCGAAUUCGUGCUGCGAUUAAUUUCUUUAAUAUUUAUAUAUUUUUCAGGUUGAAGAGUUUUACAUUAUUAGAUACAACUUGCUUAGUUUCAAUGUUAUUGAGUCUUUAAAAAAAAUAUUGUUUAUUUUAUUUUCAUAACCAUCAUACUUUUCUUUCUUCGCAUAUUUUCAAAUUAUGAAAAUUACAGCGAGACAUAUUUUUCUUUUCUAUUUUGAAGCUGCUUUACGUUAUAUAUUUUUCCUUAUUAUUUUCGAUUGCAAUUAUUACAAAGCAUACUAAUACAAACUGUGCAAGUAAUUUAAUUAAUAAAAAUUCGUGCAAUAUUAUAAAUCAUCGACGAUAUUCUUGAGAAAAUAUUCUUAGGUUCUUAAGAAUCCCGAAACGGGGAUUAGGAGCGAAAGUGCGUCCGUACAAACAGUUGAUAGAAUAAUUACUAUCAGCAUCUACGGACAUAUAAGUGUAAGUUCUUCGCUAUCCGCGAAUAAACAAAUUAGAAAUGGCGAAUAAGUUUUCGCUAAGUUCCAAACGUUGAAUCGCCAAGUAUUUUCAAAUUUUGCGAAAUUCUAUCUCACAAAAAAGGUAUCUGAAAAAUAAUUUGAUAGUGCACAAAAAUAAUUCACUAAAAUUUUUAGUCUCUACAUAUGCGCGUUGUAAGUCAAUAUAGCUACGGAAAUAAAAAAAAACUGUAAUAUAUUAUGUUAUAUAUACAAAUACAUAUUGCGAAUAUAUAUGAAAAAUUGUAAAAAGCAAAUGAACGGAAGAACCGAAUUACGUUUUUAUAUUUUGAGAUCAUCAAUUUUAGAAUUUGAUGAAAACACACCGUAUAAAAGAUUAUAUAUAUAUGAUAUAUGAUACAUUGGAUUCUUGAUGCGCACGGUUUUAGAAGAACUAUUUUUCUCUAGAUUGUUAAAAUAAUAAUUAAUGUAUAAUCGAAAUAAACAGACCACGAUUAUACGCAUUAUUAUUGGAUAUCUAAAUAAGGAAUAGCGGGUUAAUUAAGAGCUGGGCGCGGUAAAUAGUGCGCGAAUUAUUUUUAUAUAUGUUUCUUUAUUAUGAAGGCUUAUUUUUUUGCUUUCACAAAUAAUCAAUUGUUCUUCCAAUUCUUUUCGUUUAAUGCAUUCCUCUGACAAAGAUUUGGAGUUGCAGAAACUCGUAUUAAUUUCUGUUGUAAAUUUUUAACUUUGUCACUUAGGACUCUUCUCUUUUGCAAAACAGUAUAUAUAUAUAUAUAAGAAACCUAUAUAAAAAUAAUUCGCGCACUAUUUACCGCGCCCGGCUCUCAAUUAACCCGCUAUUUCUUAAUCAGAUAUCCAAUAAUAUAUAAUCGCGAUAUAUCAUAUAUGUAUAUCGUUUUGCAAAAAAGAAGAGACCUAAGUGAUAAAAUUAAAAAUUUACAACAGAAAUUAAUGCGAGUUUCUGCAACUCUAUUCUUCAAAUUUUUGUCAGAGGGACGCAUUAAACGAAAAGAAUUGGAAGAAAUUAUUUGUGAAAGCAAAAAAUAAGCCUUCAUAAUAAACAAGAAACAUAACAUAAUAAAAAUAAUUCGCGCACUAUUUACCGCGCUCAGCUCUUAAUUAGCCCGCUAUUUAUUACUCAGAUAUUUAAUAUCGGAGUCUUUCAUUUUAUAUAUACAUUAUUGGUUUUCUAAUUUAUA